GCUGCCCAAUCUGCGCUGCCGCUGUUCCCCUCCGCUCCCUGCGGCGGUGUCGUGUUGUCCCGGCAGGCUUCGCGCGGCGCGGCUGGGGCUCUGUCGGUAAGAUGGCGGCCGUGAGCCUGAGGCUCGGAGACUUAGUGUGGGGGAAGCUGGGCCGGUAUCCUCCAUGGCCAGGAAAGAUUGUUAAUCCACCUAAAGAUCUGAAGAAACCUCGUGGGAAAAAGUGCUUCUUUGUGAAGUUUUUUGGAACAGAAGAUCAUGCUUGGAUCAAAGUGGAGCAGCUAAAGCCUUAUCACCCUCACAAAGAGGAAAUGAUAAAGAUUAACAAGGGUAAGCGCUUCCAGCAAGCUGUGGAUGCUGUAGAGGAGUUUCUUAGAAAAACCAAAGGCAGGGACCAGGCAUCUUCCCAUAACUCCAAUGAAGAAAAGAAUCGGCAUAAUUCCAGUGAAGAAAGAGGCAAGCAGUCUGCUGGUGAAGAGAAACGCAAAGCCAGUUUCCCUGAAGGGAAGUUGAAGAAGGGCACAGGGGAAGGAAAAAAGAGGGUCUCUUCUGUCUCAUCAGAGAGAGGAUCAAAAUCACCUUUGAAAAGAGCCCAGGAUCAGAGCCCCCGAAAGCGGGGGCGUCCACCCAAGGAUGAGAAGGACCUCACAAUUCCAGAGUCAAGUACAGUGAAGAGAGUGAUGACUGGAACAGUGGCUGGAUUUAAAUGGCCACCAAGUGUCAGUGAGCCUGUGAAGGACAGUGAUCCACACUUCCAUCACUUCCUGCUGAGUCAGACAGAGAAGCCAGCUGUCUGCUAUCAAGCCAUUACAAAGAAGCUGAAAGUUUGUGAAGAGGAAACAGGAUCCACCUCCAUCCAGGCAGCAGACAGCACAGCAGUCAAUGGCAGUAUCACGCCUACAGACAAAAAGAUAGGAUUUCUAGGACUUGGCCUAAUGGGAAGUGGCAUUGUCUCCAACUUACUGAAGAUGGGUCACACUGUCACUGUCUGGAACCGGACUGCUGAGAAGUGUGAUUUGUUCAUCCAGGAGGGGGCACGGCUGGGAAGAACCCCCGCUGAAGUUGUCUCCACCUGUGACAUCACCUUUGCCUGUGUAUCAGAUCCAAAAGCAGCAAAGGAUCUGGUACUGGGUCCGAGUGGAGUGUUGCAGGGUAUUCGCCCAGGGAAGUGUUAUGUGGAUAUGUCCACCGUGGAUGCAGAUACAGUCACAGAGCUGGCCCAGGUGAUUGUGUCCCGGGGUGGUCGCUUUUUGGAAGCACCGGUCUCAGGAAAUCAGCAGCUAUCUAAUGAUGGGAUGCUUGUGAUCCUGGCAGCUGGUGACAGGGGUUUAUAUGAGGACUGCAGUAGCUGUUUCCAAGCGAUGGGGAAGACCUCAUUUUUUCUAGGUGAAGUAGGCAAUGCUGCCAAGAUGAUGCUGAUUGUCAACAUGGUCCAAGGCAGCUUCAUGGCAACGAUAGCAGAAGGACUGACUUUGGCUCAAGUGACUGGCCAGUCCCAACAGACCCUUCUGGAUAUCCUCAAUCAGGGACAACUUGCCAGCAUCUUCCUGGACCAGAAGUGCCAAAAUAUCUUGCAAGGAAACUUUAAACCUGAUUUCUACCUGAAAUACAUACAGAAGGAUCUUAGAUUAGCUAUUGCGCUGGGUGAUUCUGUCAACCACCCAACUCCAAUGGCAGCUGCUGCCAAUGAGGUCUAUAAACGAGCAAAAGCAUUGGACCAAUCAGACAACGACAUGUCUGCAGUGUACAGGGCCUACAUCCACUAGGCUACACCGUUCUUACUCUUAAUACUAUGAUUAUUGAUUAAUAUUAUUAUGAUACUGGGUUUUAACUCUGGACCAGUCCAUCUCUGUCUUUCCAUUUACUUUUAUAUACAGACUUUGAGAUCUGCCAUGGAGGCAGCUGCUGCAGUGAGCCUUCCCCUGGUGGCAGAAGUGGGGGGGAGGAAGGGGCUUGGAUUGUUGCAGUCUAAUUAGAAAAAUCCAUGCCAUGCACUGACAGUCAUGGAACAGAACAGUGGCGGCUUGUUCAGAAGCUCUGAGGCAACUCUGCCAGAAAUCUGCUGCUUGGCUGCUUUUAUUUUCCUCUUUGUAUGCUUGUCCAAAAUGCUGUUUCUAAUGAUCCCUUUUCUUCUUUGCCGUGAAAAUAAUGCGUGUAUUGGACUCUUUGUAUCUAGAGGACAGGUGACAUACUUCCCAUCUACCUAUGAAUAUCAGUAAAGUCCUUGGUCCCAAGUAAGGUGAGGAGCAUUCUUGUUAAUUGGCCACUGUUAGAGAACAAAGCACCUCCCAUGGAGGAGAAUGGCAGUUCAGAAGGUAAUGGGAUUGCACACUGUCUUGAUUCUGUUUCAUUUUAAACCUCCACCUCCCCAAAACGCUGAUGGAGGAAUUCUUUGUACAGUUAAGAACAGAUUACAUCCAUGUCUUCUCCUGUACAGACAGCUUUAGCUUAAGAAACACAAACCUUCAUGAAAAUGAGAGAAUGCCGGUGUUAAGUGAGCCUCCUAAAAGGCUAAUCACAGCUGCCCAUCCCAAAACCAGCAUUGAAUAUCAACACAUUUGCAUAGAAAAUUGCAAGAGUAACAUGUAGCCUAAAACUGAGGCAGAGAUACUCUGGGGAAGGAGCAAACCUUAGGGUUGCUCCUGGUCUUAGCUUAUGUUGUGUUGCUUCACUUGCUUUAUUCUUGUUUUUUUUAUCCUUGUAGACAGUAAUGAUGACAAAGGUGUCUUGGAUUACAGCAGUGUCACAGAGUGAUGAGUCUGAAAGGGGUGAAAAGAACAAUUAUAGAGCAAAGAGACUGGGAUUCCUGAGCUGCUUCCCACGCUCUCUGUCUGGCCUUUGCAUGGUCAUUAUAUCCCUUAGCCUGUUUGCCCAUCUGGAAAGGUGGGUGAUGAAUGCCUACCUCACAGGGAUGUUUUUGUGUACUGAUUUGUGAUCUUUAUACAUGUCAGGUUUUCCAUAUAUGUUCUUAGUGUUACUACUCUGGGCAUGACACUAGCACAGUGUGAAACUUUUUCCUGUGCCUGUGACUCUGUGGCCAGAUAGCAACUUCUAGAAAGACUAGGAAAUAAAAUGGGAGGCUAAGGCCACUCACUGCUGAGCUUCUAGCUUUCUAGACUAGAAAUAUGGGACUUUAACUGCAGAUGCCAAGGAUGGAGAGCAGAGAUGCUCUCUGUUGCUAGCAGAGUAACCCAGAGCCUGUCUCUCAAAAAAUUCACAGAGCAUGUUUGUUUUUUUUUUUUUUCCCUUUCCUCCCCAUUCACACUUGCUGUUCUCAGCAUUAGCCUUUUAGGAGGGUUCUUGCAUUUUAGACUUGAGAGUUAGUAAAAUGCCAGUAAGAAAUUUUAUUGGCCAAAAUCUCUUCAGUGGCACAGUCUCCUUUCUUGGGUUGGGAUUCUGACAGGAAAGAAAGCAGAUUCAAAUGAGACCAUGUUCCUUUAAACCUGUGAGGUCUGGCCCUCCUGCCAUCUUAUUUUUCUGGUAACUUCAUGGCUGUAUAAGGAAAUGUUCCUGUGGGUUAGGAUUUCUUACCAAUCCUGCUUUGUGCAGCAUGUGCAUAUGAUUCAGGGGCACCUUAUUAAGAAACAGAGAAAGUAUCAGAUACUUGUUAUGAAUCGUAACAUCUAACACCUAAUGCUGUAAAUGUUACUUGUUGACUGUUUCACUGCCUGUGAUCACCAUUAUCUGUGGGCUAAUAACUGUGUUACACAUUAUGUCCUCUGGUGAACAUCUAGUAGUAGAACUUACGCAUCAGUUUGCCCAUUUGUCAGUGGUAUGCGUGAACAAUACUAGUUAUACAUGUUUCUUAGAUAGUGCAACUGUCAUCCUGCAUGUAGAUAUCCAUAUUAAAGGCACAUAUAACUACUCAGGAUAACCAGCCAUUAGCCUGCUUUUGACACACUUGCGCUUCCCCUGUCCAGAAGAGCUCAGCUGUUAGCAUCAGAAGUCCUUGGUUAAACAUACUGCAGUUAAGAAAUCACUUAUGUGAAUUGUGUAUUGAGGACAUCUGGGGAAAUGGUGUUUUCGGGGGCAGGAGGUAAGUUUUAGGUCUUAUAGUCUAAGAAAUCUUUUGGGAGGAAAAGGAAGGUACUGUCCCUGGUCAAGAAUGAAACUCUGCUGAGCCAGUGCAGCAGCAUCCCUGCCCUGUCCCUGCAGAGGUCUUUUGGGCGAGAGUGAAGGUGAAUGGUUCUGAGCAAAGGGAAUGGAGGAUCUCCCUCUUCUUUACUUUGUGGUGCCUCUGGAUGGAGUGAGAGUACAAAAGGAGGUCUCAAGUCCCGUGACCUGUAUUUCAUAGUGAACUCAACUGUAUCUGUGAGCGGGAGAAACGCUCCCUAGCGCCCUGCUGCUGCAGGUUUUGUUUUCCAGAAAUACUGUAGUACUCAAAAUGGAUUUGAUUAUUUAUGUGGGAGUGGCAGGUGUAGACUACUUCAACACUGUAAUUUAUCCUGAGAAAGACUGACUGCAGCUUCCUGGUGAGGAAGGUGGAUGUGGGGUGGCUGGAAGGUGAAGUACACUCACUGGUGGGCCAGGUAGGAGCAGGAGGAGACUGAGGGCUCUGACGCGGAUAUGGAGUGAGGAGGGAGGAAACGGUGAAAACCCAAAUGCUUCAGAUGCCGUUUGAGAUGAACUCAUGUCAGUCUCGCUCAGAUUCUUGUAUUUAUGUCUGUAGCCUCUGAACAUGGAUCUUCAUCUGUUCUAUGCCUGAGAUUUGGGGGAGAUAAAAGGGCGAGGGUGAGAAGCUCUAAUAAAACUGGCUACUCAGUGUUGUCUUAAUAUUGUUGAGAAUUCUGUAAAGUUCCUUUUAUGAGGAUUUCUGUUUUGGCAGUUUGCUUUUUUUGACUCCCUCCUUUUUAAAGAGAAAAUGUGACACUUGUGAAAAGCUUGUAAGAAAAACAUUUUUUUCCUAAAUGAUAGAUCCUAUAGUUAAUUAAGGUUGUGAAUUUUUAUUUUUUUGCGUUGUUUUUAAUUAAUGUUUGUCAUUCAGAAUAGGAUGUGUGAAAAUGUUUAAAUGGCAAAACAAAAUUUUUUUUUGUGCAAUUAACAAAGCUACUGGCAAAAAGAAUAAAACCUUUCUUGGUAACACGA